UCUACCUCCACUACACAGUCGAGACCUCCCUCCUGUGAUGACCAUCCAGCAUCUACCUCCACUACACAGUCGAGACCUCCCUCCUGUGAUGACCAGCCAGCAUCUACCUCCACUACACAGUCGAGACCUAUCACUCCGUCAUCACCCACCUUGAGUGAGACUGAAACAUCUUUUCAUUAUGAAGAUGACGUGCCACCCUCGACAAAAGGUUUAAUCGCAUCAGAUGAUCCAGCACAGUGGCCAGAUGUUCUCAGCCAUGGUGAAAAAUGUGAUUUAGUCAGAAGAGGACCCAUACAGGUCAAAGAUAUUGUUUUCCCUCAAAACACAGAAAAGAAUCCAAGGAGAUUCAUGAAAGAAUGCUACAACAUGGUUAUGAAAAAUGGUGAAAAGAUACAUAGGACGUGGCUUGUAUAUUCCCUUAGUGCAGACUCUGUGUACUGUUUUGCUUGUAAAUUGUUCGGAAAACAGCAUAAUGCACUCACAAAACAGGGAUUUAGAAAUUGGAAAAAUCUAAGUGGGCACUUAAAAGAACACGAAUAUUCAAAGAUGCACAUUACCAAUAUGAGGAGUUGGCACGAACUCCAAAAGAGGCUGAAAAGCAAGACUGCUAUCGACCAGAUAAAUCAAGAUAUCAUGCAUCUUGAAGUGCAGCACUGGCGAGGUGUUAUCUCGAGAGUAAUAGCCAUAAUAUGUCACCUGGCUGAGCGAAACCUAGCCUUGAGAGGGCACACACAUAAGCUGUAUGAUCCACAGAAUGGUAAUUUCCUCUCGCAAAUAGAGUUGAUGGCAAUGUUUGACCCAGUCAUGACAGAACAUGUGCGGAGAAUUCAGACCAAAGAAACGAAAGUGCAGUACCUCAGUGGCACAAUCCAGAAUGAAGUCAUUGGUCUUCUUGGGGAUAAAAUUCUCGAAGAAAUUGUGAGGCGGGUGAAAAAGGCUAAGUACUAUUCCAUUAUAAUGGAUUGUACUCCUGACAAAAGUCACACAGAGCAACUCUCUGUUGUCUUGAGAGUGGUCAACUGUGAACCUUCAGUUGGUGCAUCAAUCACAGAGCACUUUCUGGGAUUCAUUGAUGUGAAAGACACCACUGGAAAAGGUCUAACUGACACAUUACUGGACAAGGUAGACAACUUGAACCUAAGUAUUGCGGACUGCCGUGGUCAAUCGUAUGACAACGGCAGCAACAUGAUGGGCCAUAAACAAGGGGUUCAGGCCAGAAUCCUACAACUCAAUGAGAAGGCACUGUGUGUGCCAUGCAGUAGCCACACACUUAACCUUGUUGUAUCAGAUGCAGCUCAGUCAUCAGUCACCUCCAUUUCAUAUUUUGGUGUACUGCAAAGGCUAUACAAUCUGUUCAGCUCAUCCGUACAACACUGGGCAGUCUUGGAGCAACACUUGACACAGUUGACAGUAAAAUCGCUGUCCACAACAAGAUGGGAGGCAAGAAUUGACAGCGUUAAAGUUGUCCGUUAUUACUUGCCUGAAGUUGUGCAAGCACUGUCUGCCCUUGAAGCCCAUGCGGUUACAAAAAAAGACUCCAUCACACUGUCCACAGCAGCCAGUAUCAGAGCUGAGCUAAUGACAUGGCGCUUUGUGCUGUGUACUGUUAUUUGGUACAGCAUACUUUACCAAAUAAACCGCAUAAGCAAGCUGGUACAGAGCCCCAGUGUUUCUCUGGAAACGCUAAAAAGAGAAACCACCUCAGUCCGAGAGUAUCUGGAAAACUUCAGAGAAAAUGGGCUACUUGCAUCCGAAACGGAUGGCAGGGAAAUAGCUGAGGCACUUGAUAUUGAGAGGACCUUUCCAGCUAAAAGAGAGAGAAAAACCACGAGGCAAUUCACAUACGAGGGCCAGGAAGAGACUCAGUCUUCUCCUAAAGAAAACUUCAAGAGACAAUUCUUUCUGCCCCUCGUGGACACCGCCCUCACGAGCCUCAAUGAUCGUUUUAACAAGCUGGAGAAAGUGUAUGACCUUUAUGGUUUUAUUUUCUCUAAAGAGGAUAUUCAUAAAUCAAUACAGAAUGGCACACUUGGGCAGAAAUGUAGGGCAUUGGAGAGAAAUCUGAAUGACCUGGAUGCUGAAGAUUUAUGUCUGGAGGUCAGAGCUGCAUACCAUGCAUUUCCAGAUGACGUAUCCUCUCCAAGAGAGAUGCUUGAUUACAUCUACAAGGAAGACCUGCUGGAUUUGUAUGGCAACCUCAGCAUUGCCCUCCGCCUACUCUUAACCCUACCCGUUACAGUAGCUUCUGGGGAGAGAAGCUUCUCAUCGCUAAAGUUGAUUAAAACAUAUCUCCGAUCAACUAUGUCCCAAGACAGACUUUCUGAUCUUGCACUCAUCUCUAUUGAGUACAGGGUGCGAAGGUCUUUGGAUCUUGAAGACAUGGUCACCGCGUUUGCUCAAGCCAAGGCCCGGAAACAGAUCAUGUGAAGACAUCUCUUACACUAUUGUCUCUCCACAGGGGCUCUACAGCCCCCCAGGCGGUGUUGGGUAGCCCUAGGGUAGUGUUGAGAAAGAUCAAGCUUAUUGGGGGUGGUGCUGCAUAUAUUGGAGGUUAUUGGUCCAUUUUAUUUUUUGGAGGUAUAUGGUGAGGUUCAGGGGGCAUUUGUUUUUAAAAAAAAGUUGAGAACCGUUGCCUUACACAAAGACUUCAAGUUUAAAGGCUUUUCUUUUGUUUGUUUGUUUUAAUAUAAUGUUAAAAUAAUAGAUUUUGAUAUAAUAUUAUAUUUGAUAUUGCACUCUCUGUUAAAAUAAACAGAAACUUCACAAUGUUUAACGUUCAAUGUUUGUGUAAGUAAUAUUUAUAACUUGUGAAAUAAAACAAAACUAUACUUGCUACAAUUUGUUGGUUAUUUAUUAAAAUUACAAAGGCCCAGAGUGAAAUUCUGUUGUGUGGGGGGGUCGGGCGGUGGGGGGCCCGCCCAAUGAAUUUCUGCUUGGGGCCCCACUGGACCC